AUGAUUGCCAGGACUGAUGAUGCUUCAAGCUGGCGUUUCAGUGGAUGUAUUGAGAUCCAAUUCAGGCUGGAGCAGGAGCUCUGUCAGGUGGAGAAGAGCUACCAGGAGCAGAGACGUCGGUUGUUGGAAGAGGUCAGACAGGAGAAAGAGCUGUUGCAGCGUCAGAAUGAACGGAUCCUGGCAGAAAAACAAACCGAGUUGGCCAAACAGGUGGAUGAAGCCAAACAGAAACUGCAACUUAAGUUGGCAGACUACGAGAAGAAACAUCAGGAGGAAUUGGCAAAGAUGAAGGAGUGUCUCGAGACAGAGAAACAGGCCUGGAUCACUCGACAGAAGGGAGGGCUGGAAGAGAGGGAGGCAGCUCUGAGGGAGGAGCUGAAGAGAGAGCGGGACAGACAUACCGAGCUUGUCAUUCGCCGUCUCGAGAGCGAGGCGGCCACCAAGGAGCAAGCUAUCGAGAAUAAGAUCAAAAUCGACAAUGUGAUUGUUUGUUGGGUUCCUGGUCAUGAGGGAGUCUGUAGGAACGAAAGAGUUGAUGCUCUGGCCAACUUGGGCUCAGUGUCCAACAUGAUGGCCCCCAAUCAUUCUGGAUGA